UAUGGAUUCGUGCAAGGAACGUGUGGAUGCUUACAAGCAGGGCUACACCUCAUAUUACAUUUUGCCAUUAUUGUGCAAACACCGAAGAGAUGGACGUAGUAAAGAAUCCAUACUACAAUGUUAUCAAAUUUAUUAUAAUUAUAACAGGACAAAGUGAAUAUCUACCUCUAUGGCUAAACUUACCCAUAAAAUCUUUUUAUUUAUUUAUUAUGAUAUCUUUUAUAGUUGCUCAGGUUUGAUAAAAGUAUUUGGUAACCUUGACUUGGUAUUGUUGUGCAUUCCACCAUGCUGUUAUGCUUCAAUAAGUGCAAUUAUUUUUAUAAAUAACAAUCUAAAAGUAAAACAAAUGAAUAUUGUUUUUUGCAAAAUACAAAAUGAUUGGGACACGUUAACAUCAAAAGCUGAAAGUCAAAUUCUACAUAAAUAUGGCAGAAAAUGCAGGAUUUACACUAUAGUAUCCUUCAUUGGAUCCUUUGGUCAUGUUACAGUCUACGUAUUUUCACAUUUUAUACCUUUGGUAAUUAAUCUUACUAAGGAUAUUGAUGAACGUAAAAACAAGGUUUUUCUUUUCGAAUUUGGCUUAAAAUCAGAAGCAUAUUACUAUUUGGUAUCUCUUCACGGUUAUACGGCUGCUUACCUAUGUACUGCUGCAUUUGUAAAUGGAGAUACACUUCUUUUAAUGUUUCUUGAACAUGCUUGUGGAAUAUUUGAAAUUAUAGGGCAUAAAUUGAAUGUGGCCAUAAGAGAAAAUCCAGAUUCUAGUGAUAAUAUUAGUUUUCAAAAGAAGCUCCAGAGAGAAAUUAAACUUUGCGUGGCAAUGCAUAGAAAAGUUCUAUUAUAUGUGAAUGAUGUCCAGGAUGUUUUUUCAACAGCCUAUCUAUUGGUAUUUGGUCUUAGUAUAAUAGAUUUAAGCGUCACAGGAGUCCAGUAUGUAAUGAGUGUGAAGAGUUCUGGCGAUGGAAUAAGAUUUGGAUGUUAUAUAAUAUGUCAAGUGUUUCAUAUUUUCUUUUUAACUCUACCAACUCAACAUUUACUGGAUAACAGUCUUAGUCUUUCUACAUCGAUAUACAAUUCAGAUUGGUUUGAUUUGUCAAAUAAUACAAAAAAAUUGUUACUUAUUAUAAUGAGAAGAGAAUCUAAACCGACAACAUUCAUCGUUGGUAGAAUAUUCAUCCUUUCAUUACAGUUUUUUACAAGGGUUCUUCAAACAUCAAUGUCAUAUUUUACUGUAUUAAUGUCUGUACGAGGAUAAUGAAAUUUCCACUCGUACACUAUAACAAAUUUGGAUAAAAUAAAUAGUCUUUCUUAGUGCAAACAAGUCGCACGUGACGAUUGAGAAAAUAAAAAUUGAUCGUCUUUUUAGAUACAAAUAUAGUGGUUAGAAUUGUUUGUAGAGUUUUUGCAUAACAUGAUUUUUUAUAUUAAUACAAAGUUUUUUAUUUUGCUAUUAAAAAAAAAAAUUAAUUAUCAGUGAUUAAUAAAGUGAA